UGACAAGGAUAUGUCUAUGACUUUGGCAAAUGUAUAUGCCUACUCAACCCAAUUAUACUACACAGCCAACCGUAUCAUUCAAAUCAGCAACAAAAUCACAAACACUUGCGCAAAUAUAAAUAAAUUUCCAUUAUUCCUCAUAUACUAACACUAACACAUUCCUUCUGCACAGAAGAGAAAUGGAAAUAUCUCUUCCUUUGAUUCUUCUUUCCACUGUGGUUAUUAUGGCUAUGCCACUUUCAUUUGGUGUAAAAGGAAACCAACUUUCUUACAACUACUACAAGAAUUCUUGUCCAAACUUGGAAAGUUUGGUCGAGAGAGAAUUGAUGAGCGUAUUCAUGACAGAUAUUCGUGCACCAUCAGCAUUUCUAAGGCUCAUGUUUCAUGAUUGCCAAGUUCAGGGAUGUGAUGCCUCGAUUUUGUUGGACACAAUCUACGCUACUCAAAGCUCUGAAAUAGCUUCUUCAGGAAACUUUGCAAUCAGAAAUAGGGAAACAAUCAACGACAUAAAAUCGGUAUUAGAAGAAGAAUGUCCGGGGCAAGUGUCUUGUGCAGAUAUCAUUGUAUUAGCUGCUAAGGUAUCAGUGUCACUCUCUGGAGGACCAAGUAUUCAGGUUCCAUUUGGAAGAAAAGAUUCAAGAACUUCUAGUUCUAAAGAGGCUGAUGCUAAGCUUCCUUCACCGACAGUAACAGUUGAUGAAUUUUUAUCCAUUUUCAAAUCUAAAGGAAUGAACAUUCAAGAAUCUGUUGCCAUUUUAGGUGCACAUACAUUAGGUGUUGGACACUGCUUAAGCAUUGUUGGCAGAUUGUAUAAUCAAAAUCAACAGAUAGGAAACAAUAUGAAUUUGGGUUAUGAAACCUCACUAAGACUAGCAUGCCCAACUGUUAUUCCUAUGACAAACCUAACAUUUGUGCCUAAUGACAUGACCCCAACAAUAUUUGACAAUCAAUAUUACCGAGACAUUAUGAUGGGAAGAGGUUUGCUUGGUAUUGACUCGAGCAUUUCUAGAGAUCCACGAACUGCACCCAUUGUCAUGAGGUUUGCUAUGGAUCAGAGCUACUUCUUUGAGAACUUCUCAUCUGCAUUUGUUAAGCUUUCUGCUAGCAAUGUUCUCACAAAUAUUCAAGGUGAAGUCAGAAGGAAAUGCAACCAGCUAAACUAGCUCAAGAAAAUGUUUGCAAUUAUUAUACUUCUAUUUGUAAGAAAAUAUACAAUACAAGCACAAGACUUGUCCAAUUCAUUUGUCCUAUAAUUCAUGAUUGAAGAUUUAUUC